AUGGGAAGGUUUGAUGUUGAUGCCUUCGGCUUCAGCCAGCCCGGGGGUUUCCUCUCCCUCUGGAACAGCUGCAGAGCAGAAAUUCAACUGGUGAAGCGGUUAUCUGCCUGGGAUCCUAAGGAGCUGGAGCAGUGUUCUCUCCAAGUACUGGAGCCUGAUGGAAGUCCCAGCAGGAGUCUCCUUCAACUCUUGGGCGAAAGGGGCUGCACCGUGUUGGACCUCAGAGAGCUGCUACAGGCACUCGAGCACAGUGAGGCUCUCCAGUGCCUCACUCCUCCAAGUAUAAAGAUAGUUGUAGAACCAGAAUCCCAGGCUGUGUUCUCUGGGCAGACGGUGAAGCUGAACUGCUUGGCAACUGGGCAUCCACUUCUACAUUAUCAGUGGUUUAAGCAAGAAAAAGAGAUUCCACAUGGGAAUUCUCCAGAGCUGGUGUUCAACCAAGCAAACGCAGACGACACUGGCUUCUACAUAUGUCGAGUGAACAGCGGCUUUUCCUUUGUGUUCAGCCAAUGGGCACAGCUGACUGUCUGUGAUCUCCAAAGGACUUGCCCGGGAAGUUCUCUCGAUCUGCCUGAGAAAACGCUAUUCAUUUGCACCCAUCCGCAGUCCCAAAAUCUGAUAGCAGGGGAAACCUUGGUGCUUCAGUGUGGAGCUGUUGGAAUUCCCACGCCUCAAUACCAGUGGUUCAAGAACGGAUCUCCACUGACGAAUGGGGAUAAAAAGGCAUACGUGGUUUCCUGUGUGGACGUCGAACAUCAAGGCACAUAUUGGUGCCGUGUAUACAAUGACCAAGAGGCUCAAGAAAGCAAGAAGGUGGAAGUUAUUGUAGGUGGGAAGUCUAUUGCAGUAGAAUGCACUGAAGAUGAUUUAACCGGCAUUGGAGGGCCUGAUCUUAUGGAACAGUCGACUGAAAGACGUUUUGCGGUAGACAAGGUCGCCUUGCUGAUGGGGAACAUGAGCUACUGUAGGCACCCGAAGCUGAAGGCACCUUUGGUGGAUGUUUACGAACUCACCAACCUCCUGAGGCAGCUGGACUUCAAAGUGGUUUCCCUCCUCGAUCUCACUGAACCUGAGAUGCGGAACGCCGUCGAUGAAUUCUUACUGCUUCUUGACAAAGGAGUAUAUGGCUUAUUAUAUUAUGCCGGCCAUGGCUAUGAAAACUAUGGCAACAGUUUUAUGGUUCCCAUCGACGCCCCGAAUCCCUAUCGGGCUGCCAACUGCCUCUGCGUGCAAAACAUUCUCAAGCGGAUGCAAGCGAAGGAGACCGGCCUCAAUGUAUUUUUACUGGAUAUGUGCAGGAAGAGGAAUGAAUAUGACAACACCAUUCUGAUCUUGGAUGCCCUGAAGGUUACGGCUAACAUCGUUUUUGGAUAUGCCACAUGCCAGGGUGCAGAAGCUUUUGAAAUUCAACAGUCUGGAUUAGCCAAUGGAAUUUUCAUGAAGUUUUUGAAAGAACGCUUAUUAGAAGACAAGAAGAUUACUGUGUUGCUGGAUGAGGUGGCAGAAGAUAUGGGCAAGUGUCACCUUACCAAAGGCAAGCAGGCUUUGGAGAUCCGCAGCAGUUUAUCUGAGAAGAGAGCACUAACUGAUCCCAUUCAGCAAACGGAAACCUCCGCGGAGGCACUGGCGCGGAACCUCCAGUGGGCCAAGGCGCAUGAGCUUCCUGAAAGCAUGUGCCUUGAGUUUACGUGUGGUGUUCAAAUUCAGCUUGGCUUCGCUGCCGAAUUUUCCAACGUGAUGAUUGUCUACACAAGGAUAGUAAAGAAACCCCCCGAUAUAACAGUCUGCAAAGCCUAUGUUACAGAUUUCCCACUUGACUUGGAUGUGGAUCCCAAGGAGGCCAACAAGGGGACCCCUGAGGAGACCGGCAGCUAUUUGCUUUCAAAGGACUUGCCCAAACAUUGCCUUUACACAAGGAUAAGUUCACUGCAGAAGCUAAAGGAAGACUUAACUUUCACGGUGUGCCUCCAUUACGAAUACACCGGCAUAGACGACGUCGUGGACGAGCGGAAGUUGGUGAACAUCGGCAAGCCUCUCAUUGCCAAACUGCGCAUCCAUCAAGGGUUCCAGAAGAGCAGCUGCGUCCAGAGCUGUUGUGUCCCCAACGGGCCUUGCCUCUCCCAGCCCCCUGUCGCGGGGGCGGCCAAACACUGCCCCCCUUCCAGUCGGCACCUCCCGCCACACCCCUACAUGGGCUUUUGCCAGCUGAGCUCUGCGCACGCAGGAAACGCUGCACAGCCACUGAAAUGCCACUGCCGUGUGACUCCGGACCAGUUAAUGGGUUGGCAGUCAACCUGGAUGUAUCCUUCCGGCUCAGACCCGAGCAACGUACCCGUGGAGACGACGGAUGAUACGAGUGAAGAACUGGGGCCCCAUUUGUCAGGAAGUUUAAGGUUGUCUCAGCCGCAGUAGCUGCGGUCUUUGCACCGGGCUGUGGUUUUGCUGGCAGCGCCGCUGAGGAAGUGAGCGGCAGCACUGCUUUUGUGUCUCUCUCAUGGUUUGAGAGAAGGGCAGUAGCAAUUGUUGACAACGGCAAACCCUUUAGAUGUAUAUCUGUUAGGCAACAGGAAAGGACGGUUCAUUCCACCGUUCCUAGAGAUCUUUCCUUGCUGCUGAAGGGUUGCAGAAGCUGCAAGUCACCUGGCAAGAUGGUGAUAAGGAACAGUCUGUUGAAGACAUACAGAAGAAGAUGGCAAGAGGAACACAGCAAGCCUAGUUAGAGUACAGGAAGAAGAUAAACAUUCUUUUAACUUCUGGGAUGUGUUGAGGGAAUUGUAUUAUACUUCCAGAUACAGAUGGUGAGCACAAACCUAACAGCUGUCGCUCAGCAUGUUGGCCUGCUUGAACAUCUGGAUGGGAUAUGUGAGAAAACGUUGCUGGACAACACAUGAAGAUAUGAAGCUGCCUUAUACUGAAUCAGACCCUUGGUCCACCAGAGUCUAAUCAGAC